AUGUUAUCAUUAUUUUCAUUAGAAGGACAAGUUGCGUUGAUAACCGGUGGUACUAAUGGUAUCGGCUUGGGGAUGGCCAAGGGUUUAGCGGAUGCAAAUAUUGAUCAGAUUAUCUUAACAUACAGAUCCGAGAAACCAUUAGAGAAUACAAUUAAAGUUUUACAGGAAGUUAAUCCAAAAGUCAAAAUCAGCUCAAUUGAAGCUGAUUUUGGAACGGGUAAUGAAGAUGACUUGGUAGCAAAGAUUGCAACUGAAGCGUUUAAAAAGUCAGUAAGUGGAAAGAUCGAUAUUUUGAUUAAUAAUGCUGGUAUCAAUAAUCGUUUCCCGUUCGACGAGUUUCCUCAGGACAAAUUCGACGAAGUUUUGAGAGUUAACUUGAAUAUCCCUGUUAAGCUUACGAAGGCAAUCGGAUGUAAGAUGUUAGAAACUAAAACUAAAGGGAAGAUUGUGUUCACAGCUUCAUUAUGUUCAUUUCAAGGAGGAGUUGACUCUACCGCGUAUGCGAUUACUAAGGGGGGUAUAAAGCAAUUCACUGCAGCUCUCUCGAAUGACUGGUCCCUGAAAGGUAUUAGAGUGAAUUCAAUUGCUCCGGGAUACAUUUCUACUAACCUUACAGAGCAAAUUGAUCCAAAGCGACGCGAAACACUUAUCUCUCGUAUUCCUAUCGGAAGAUGGGGUAAUAUGGAUGAUUUCCAAGGCCCUGCUGUUUUCUUGUGUUCUGAAGCCAGUAGAUACGUUACUGGUGAAACAUUGGUCGUAGAUGGUGGAUGGUUAGGUUAUUAG